GCCGGUUGACAUGCUCAUCGCAUGGUUUGGCGAAAUGUAAACAAGUUUAAACAGAGUACUCGCGAUAAAAGUAAAGUAUAGCAGCAGUUGCUAAAGUUGUUGCAGAGGUUAGGAAAAGUGGAAAUUACCAAUGGAAUUUUUGAACAAGCGCUCCUGACUUGUGUUUCAAAACAAUUCGCGCUGGAUAUGGAAUCUGCAGGAGAGGAAAUAGAGAUCAAAGAAGAACCAAUAUCAACUGACCCAUACCAGCCACCAGAAAUUGAACAGAUCUACAUUAAAGAAGAAAAUGUUAAAUUGGAAACUCCUGAAGAUAAUGAUGCACAUGACCCACUAAAGGUGGAGGAAGAUGAGUUUGUGUCAGAGGAAGAAACUGGUUCUCCGCCUGAUGCCAUACACAUUAAAAAAGAACCCCUGAGGCCCUGGAAGAACUUAAGAGACGCAUACAUGAAACACAAAAUGUUGGCAAAAGAUACCACUGACCUGAAUAAAAAUAUGUACAAAUUGUGACCAUGGAGUGAACAUAUAAGGUUCUGGCACUUUAUGUUAGAAACAUGAGCAGAAAAAUCAAAAGUUCCUUCUUCAAGCGAUACAGUAACAGGUGACAUCAAAAGACACACAAUUGAAUUUUCAGAUUGUAAAGAUUUCAUUCAUACGGUGAUGCUAACAACUGAUCAUGAAGAGCAACCACAGGAAGAAUUGCACGGAUAUUGGUGGUGCUACCCAAAGCAUGAAAGAAAUCACCUAGGGAAAGGAGGGACCAAAUUCUGAUAUAUAAUGUGCACUAAGUUACUGUCAAAAUAAACAUCAGUGCAUGAUUUUGUACAUCAUUUAUUUUUAAGCUAUGAAAAACCAUGCAAACAUCUGGCAGUUUGAUCACAGGCUAAACAUGAUGUACAACUUUGUGGAAACUGAGCUUAUGCAGUGUUUAAAAACAAGGAAAAGGCUGUAGACAUGGAUUUAGAGGUUGAUGGAACAAGGCUGGAAGAAGUAGAAUCUGGUAGAUUCUUAGGUAUUCUUGUGGAUAAUGAACUGAAAUGGAAAAAACAUAUUAAUAAUGUUUGUAAGAAACUGAGCUCUGUCAUAUUCUUAAUGAUGCAGCAAUUAGGACCAUUUUAAGAAGAAAGACCUCUGAAACAUGCAGAAACUGUUUCAACAAUUUAGGUAUCUUGACUUUUUCAUCGUUGUAUGUAUACAAAACAAUAAUGUACAUCACAAAAGGUAGUGAGGACUGGAUUACAAAUGCUAGUGUACACACCCACAAUACAAGAAAGAAGAAUGAAGUACGGAGCAUACCCCACCGACUGGCAAUGCUAGAAAAAGGGCCCCAGUACUCUGGUAUCAGACUACUAAGAAGUCUGCUCAAAACCCUGCAAGAUAGUGUACUUCACAAUGACUUUCCAAGGAAACUUAAAGACUAUCUCAUUGAAAAAGAGUUUUACAGUGUUGCAGAAUACUUAUGCCAUUAAAUUUGUAUAUAUUGUUACUCAUUAUCAGUGAUGUAAAAAUGUAAGCUAAAGGUGUAGAAAAAUAAGUGAUAAAGAAUGUUAAUACUUUGACAUGUCCUAUAUUACACGUACAUUUACUGUACACAAUGUAAUCUUACAGGAUCAAAUAAAAUUCAAUUCAAUUCAAAAGCAACUUCCAGUACAUGUUUCUCCAUGUCUUUCAACAGACUUUGCAUGUGCUGAUCUCGGUGCACUUGCUACAUGUAGUGUUAUAAAUACUGGCAGAGCAGCUGACAAUGUACCUUCGGACAUGAAUUCUUCUAACAUCACCAAACUUUGAAAGUAACAAAUUGCUCACAUAAGUAACAGAAAUGUAAUAUUUAGAAGCAAGAACAAUAUUUUGUAAAGCUCCUGUCUUUGUAAAUGUGAAUAUGAAUUACAAUGAACUUGGCCCAAA